AUGAGGUAUUCGAUGCUUCUGAGCGCGCUCUGCGCCCUGGGUGCCGUGGCUGAGAAAUCUUAUGUCACUGAAUGGACCACCGCCACCGUAACUGACUGGACUGUUGUGACUAUCACCACUACGGUCACUAUCAAGCCCACAGCCAGCACCAGCACCAGCACUACUGCCGCUGUCGAGCCUACCACCACCAGGGAGUCUCAGGUUAAGGUCCAUGACCCUAUCCCUGAGGUUGCCUCUAUUGAGACUAGUACAACCACUGCUGCCGCUGCCACUGUCGCUACAACUGUCGCUGCCACUGUCGCUGCCUCAACUGAAACGGCCUCGACCUCCACCUGGGAGUCCACCUAUAGCUCUUCUUGGACCUCCGUUAUUACUGAAGCAGCAACCACCUCCACCGCUUCCACAACCGCCACCACUACCACUUCCUCUGCUACCACUUCCUCUGCUACCACUUCCUCUGCUACCACUUCCUCUGCUACCACUUCCUCUGCUACUGCUACCGCUACUGCUACCGCUGCCAACACUUACCAGUCGAACGUUAUUUACAGCCACAACGUUCACCGUAGCAACCACUCUGCCACCUCGCUUACCUGGUCCGAUGAUCUCGAGGCCAGUGCCCAAGUGCUCGCUGCGCGUUGCGUCUACGAGCAUGAUACGAGCAUCAACGGCGGUGGAUACGGUCAAAACAUUGGUUAUGGUGUCUCUGCGGAUGAUGUCGCUGUCAUGAUUUCCAACCUGAUGUACAACGAUGAGAUGGAAUACUUUGCCAGCCUUUACGGCGAGGCCAACCCUGAUAUGACCGAUUUUGAGAAAUGGGGCCACUUUUCUCAAAUUGUGUGGAAGGGAACCACCAAAGUUGGCUGUGCCACCGUUACUUGCAACAGUCUUGGCAAUGUUGAUUCCUCCAUGGCAUUGCCCUUCACUGUCUGCAACUACGGUCCUCCAGGAAACUACGAUGGCGAGUAUGCAGAUAACGUGGGUCGUCCUCUUGGAGAUGCUCCUUACAUUGCUUCCUAA